ACCGUUCGAAAACGUCAUCUCUUCGCGACACGACUUCCCUGUCACUCACAAGAGGACAGGAGAAGCAUGUGAACAUUUUUUCAUGCGUGUUUAAAGUGAAGCAGCAUACAGUGGAAACAUGUUUUUAUCGGGGUUAUCGCGCGGUCUCUGCAGGGUUUUAUCCCGACGCGCCUCUCCGUCAAGCUUCCUGUUUGGAGAACACGCUGUACAGAGUUCAUGGUUGACUCCGGUGAUGACACUGAAGACAUCUGCCCCACUGAGAGCGGAGCCUAAAAAGAAGAAGAAAGUGGACCCACGAAGGGAGCAGCUAGCCAAAGAGAGAAUGAGGAAAAAGCUGAAGAGGCUGGAGAGGGUCCCACCUGAGUUUAUCCCCAUAGAGGACCAAAUCAUUCCAUCCAAAUGCCUGGAUGAGACAAGGGAACGCUCUGCACUGAGGCUGCCAUUUGAAGAAAGUGAGGGUCGAGCCCUGCUGCUGAAGGAGUGGAGUCGAUACAAACAGAAGCAGCACAUGGCUGAGGUGAAGGCUGUUGAAGAUGCAAUAAAGGCCCAGACGGAGGCGCUGCAGGAGCUGAAAUUAGAGUCUGAGGAGCUGUACCAGGCCGCGCUAAAGCCAGACCCCACUCUGUUUCCCUUCUCUCAUAAAGGUCCUGCCUACACACCGCCAAAGACUGAAUAUGAAGCUCCUGAUGGGAAAUACACAGACAUCACUAGAGUUUACACACAGUAAUGGACAGGGGACAGCUGUGGGUGCAGUCUUUGUGUGUUGUCAUGUAUUUUGUGUGUAUGUACAUGAUUCAGUAAACCAAGAUUCAGCCUUUUAACAGCCUGCAUAUGGAGGUGUGAAGGACACUU